AUGAAGCCGUCGUCGAAGCAGAGACCGCAGAAGAAGCCAGAAGCGGCGGCGGCAGCCUCCUCGGACAAGCCUGAGAUCAAGGACAACGAGAAAGUCGACCGGCUUGCACUAAAGACCGAGCCAGCGGAGGAGGAUGUUAGUGAGCAGCUCCGAAUGAAGCGCCGAGUUAUGGAGAUUCUGGGGGAUAAGGACAAGGAUAAGACUCAGUCCAGUGGAGAAGCACGUCCCAGAUCUCGCUCGUGUCGGCGCACAGCCUCAGAUGCUUCCACGUUGGUGCUCGGAUCCGCGGUGUAUUGCAGCAGCAGUAGUGCAUCAGAGGACGACAAUGCACACCCCAGCUAA